UGUUGGAGCUCCGGAAACAACCCGACCAAAACAUGAAGUCAGAAAACCUGCUUGCCCAAAGUUUCGUUUCAGCGCUGAGGUUUCGAUGCCAGAAAAAUGAAACUUAAGGUUCGUCUGGCUGAAGCGACGUCGCUCUUCUUCUCUUCUUCUCUAUAAACUCUCUCUAUUGUGCUUCGCCCGUCACCGCGUGACGUCAUCCCGACAAUAAACCUCAGGUCGAGCGCCGUGCGACCAGUCUGCAGCUGCGCCUCUUCCAGAGCGUCAGAAAAACUCCAGAAGAGACAAAACCUCCAGAUCUACAGAGAAAACAGCUGCAAGAUGAGUUCUCCUCAGAGUCUGCAGUCCAGACUGAAGGCCUUGGAGUGCCACUUCACCUGGGAUCUGGACCCCAGCAGGAGCAACCUGUUCCGUAUCAGAUAUCGCCUGGAGGAUGUCGGCACUGAGGAGGGAAACGUCUGGCUGGGUCACGUCUACAACCUGCAGGGCUUCAUCCAGUACCAGCUGGGCUCCUCUGAAGACGCCCUGAACCUCUUCAACCGGGCYGCUGAGACCUUCCAGAGGCAGAAAAACGCUGAUGAAGGUCCCUGGUUGAUGGUGAACUUUGGGAAUCUGGCCUGGCUGCACCAUCACCUGGGAGAAGAUGAGAAGAGUGAAGACUACCUGUCAAAGGUGGACGGCCUGAUGAGGAAGAAGGAGGGAGAUCUCUACCCAGAGGUCUUAGCUGAAAAGGCCUGGACCCUGAUGAUGUUUGAUAAAGAGAAGMAGCAGCAGGCUKYAGAGCUCUUCCAGAGAGCCAUCCGGAUGCAGCCGGACACCGUGGAGUGGCGGAGCAGCCGUAUGAUCUGUCUGCUGAGCACCUUGAAACACCGCGACGUGGAACCAGAGCCUGACGUCUGGGAGGACCUAAGGGUAGCCAGAGAAGAAGAUCCAGAAAACUUGUACCUGGCUGCUGUCGACCUGAAACAACGAGCCAAGAGAGGCGAGCGAGUUAAAGAGGAAGCACUGGAGUUGUCCGAGAAGAUUUUACUGAACCCUGUCAGCAGCUACAGUGGCAUCAAACCUCUGCUGAGGAUCUUCAGACAAAUCGAAUCCUACGACGAUGUGAUCGACGUGGCAGAAAGGGCCCUGACAAAGGAUCCAGAUUCCCGGUACCUGAAGAGAUGUGCCGCUCUUGCCUACAAAUGGAAGAUAGUUUUUUCCAGAAACGGACGCCCAAGUCAAAGAACCUUCGACCGGGCAAUCGGCUUGUUGGAGGACGUCAUCUCUGGCUACCCUGAGUCUUGCUUACCAAAGAAGUUGGACUUUGCAAGUGUGUGGGCCAAGUCCGGUCGUGGGCUGACGAAACCAGAUCAGAUCUACAAGGAGUUGCUGCAGAAAUCUUUGGAUCCUUCAGACCAACAGUGUGUUUACAACUACUACGCCAAGUACCUCAACUUCGACCGGCAGGAAAGAAACAAGUCGAUUGAGUAUCACAUGAAGGCUGCAGCCAUUAACCACGAGUCUUUCUCCCGGAUGAACAGCAUCCAGGCGCUGGAGAGGAUCCGAGACCGCGGACGGUCCAGAAUGUGCCCAGAGAUCCGGGAGUUUCUGGAAAACCUGGAAGGUGUCCAGACUGUGUGAAAGCCAGACUUUCAAAGAUCAGAUCCAAUGAUCAUUCUGACCGUCUGAAUAAUAUUCUAGUUUUAACCUUUAACCCUACAUUUUGCUCCUUAGUAUUAAUAAUUUUAAUUCGCUAAAAAGCUUCAAACCCAAAUGAUAAAUAACUUAGAAUUAUGGGAACAUUCACCUGUUUUCAUACAUUAUUCAUAGGAUGAUAAAUAUCUUCUAAGUUUUUAUUUUAGGAUUAUUUACGGAGUUAAACUUUAAUGCGGUCGGCCCGUUGCACACUUCGACCACCAGAUGGCGGCAAAGCUCUUCUAACAGCAACCUGAGCGGGAGAUUAAUCCACUAAUCAGCUUCACUCGUUCAUAAGGGUCAAGAUUUAAUAAUCUAGUUUUAAUGUCUAUCAUAAUCCAUCUGAUAUAAUCUGUGUUCACUUUUUAUUCUGAUGUAAACAAUAAAAUAUAAAGACUUGCAA